GAGAGAGAGAGAGAGAGAGAGAGAGAGGGAGAGAGAGAGAAAGAGAGAGAGGAGCAGCUCUGAGCACAGCACCGAGGACAGUUUCCCUCUCUCGUCUUUCACGCGCUCAUCAGAGACGAUGCUCUCCGCUGUGCGUGCGGACUCACUCUGAAACUGAAGGUCCUCACAACCACAUGAGUUUGGCUCGGCCCGUCAGUGAGUAGGAGCUCUGUGAGGAGCGAGAGCUGAAGACGGAGCAACCGAGACUCGUGGUGAACUACUCGCACCACCCUCAGCUCGACCAGCGCCUCCCCCUCCCACCUCCCUCUUCCUCAGCCUGAGCCCAUCGUCCUCUGCCUCGCCGGUUCUCGUGGGAACCGCAUGCAACUAUGUCUCUCCUCGCCUCACCCACCCCCUUCCUCCUCCUCCUCCUCCUCCUCUUCCUCCAGCAGCUGCCUCCCUGUCAGCCGGAGUCCGAGCGCACUGAGCCCAGCGUUGACCCCAGCCUGAGAGCGGUCACGCCCUCCAUGUUCCCCUCUUCACAUCCGUCCGCCAAGCCCCAUGUUAAUAACAGCAUAUCCAGAAGGAGACAGAAGUGUGAGGAGCCGACGGUGUGCCGGCCCGGCAUCGUGCUGCCCGUCUGGAAGCCCAUCCAGCCGGGGCUCGGACACAAGGUGGCCAGAGCUGUGGUCUACUUUGUGUCACUCAUGUACAUGUUCCUGGGGGUGUCCAUCAUCGCCGACCGCUUCAUGGCGUCUAUAGAGGUCAUCACAUCGCAGGAGAAGGAGGUGACCAUCACGAUGCCAAACGGGGAAACAUCUGUGGCAACGGUUCGAAUCUGGAAUGAAACUGUUUCCAAUCUGACGCUCAUGGCUCUGGGCUCCAGCGCUCCAGAGAUACUGCUGUCUGUUAUAGAGGUGUGCGGUCACGGCUUUGAGGCUGGCGAGUUGGGCCCGGGAACCAUCGUUGGCAGCGCCGCCUUCAACAUGUUUGUGAUCUUGGGGAUCUGCGUGUGGGUGAUCCCCACCGGCGAGACCCGCAAAAUCAAGCACCUCCGGGUGUUCUUCAUCACGGCCUUCUGGAGCAUCUUCGCCUACAUCUGGCUCUACCUCAUCCUGUCCGUCAUGUCGCCGGGCGUCGUGGAGGUGUGGGAGGCCCUCGUGACCCUGCUCUACUUCCCAGUGUGUGUCCUCCUGGCUUGGAUCGCUGACCGCCGCCUGCUCUUCUACAAGUACAUGGGCAAGCGUUACCGCGCCGACAAGCGCCACGGCAUCGUCGUGGAGACCGAAGGAGACCUGACACCCAGCAAGGGCGGCAUGGAGAUGAUCAUAGACGGCAAGUUCCCGCCGAGAGGGGGCACCGUGGUCCCUGCAGAAAACUGCGGGGGAACUCAGGACGGCGCGGGAGGCGCUGCGGCCAAUAACGUUGGUGCCGCAGCCAUGGCAACGGGAGCUGGGGGCAACCUGCCCAACUCCAGCAGCAUGGUGGUCAAUGCAGAGAGCAGCAAGGAGCUGGACGAGAGCCGCAAAGAGGUGAUUCGUAUCCUGAAGGAGCUGAAGCAGAAAUAUCCCGACAAAGAGCUGGACCAGUUGGUGGAGCUGGCCAACUACUACGCACUGCUGCACCAACAGAAGAGCAGGGCCUUCUACCGCAUACAGGCGACGCGCAUGAUGAUCGGAGCCGGUAACGUCCUGAAGAGGCACGCGGCCGACAACGCUCGCCGCACAGCUGUGGUGGACGAGGAGGCCCCGGAGGACGACGACCUGGGGAUCUGCAGCCGCAUCUCGUUUGAGAGCGCCCACAGUCAGUGCAUGGAGAACUGUGGCGUCCUGACACUGGCUGUCGUCUGCCUAGGCGGUCUGGGAGAGAACACCUUCUACGUAGACUACAGGACUGAAGAUGGUUCAGCCAACGCCGGCUCAGAUUACGAUUACAGCGAAGGGACAUUGGUGUUCAAACCGGGAGAGACACGCAAAGACAUCAAGGUCGGGAUAAUCGAUGAUGACAUAUUCGAGGAGGACGAACACUUCUUUGUGCGCCUGCUGAAUCUGCGUGUCGGCGACGCCGAGGGGAUGUUUGAGAGCGACGAAGUGGGCGCCGCACCGAAAGCUCGCUUGCUUGAGCCCCUGGUCGCCACGGUGACCAUCCUGGACGACGACCACGCUGGCAUCUUCACGUUCAGCGAGCGCAUGGUGCGGGUGAGCGAGAGCGUGGGCACCAUGGAGGUGACGGUGUCUCGCAACUCUGGCGCCCGUGGCACAGUCAUCCUGCCGUACCACUCCGAGUCAGGGACCGCCAAGUCUGGAGAAGACUUCGAGGAAGCCAGAGGAGAGCUGGAGUUCAGCAACGACCAAACCACUCAGACGUUCCAGGUGAGGAUAAUUGAUGACGAAGAAUAUGAAAAACAUGAAAACUUCUUCAUUGUGUUGGAGGAGCCGCGCUGGUUAAAGAGAGGAAUUUCAGCUCUUCUGCUCAGCCAAGAAGGGGUGGAUGGGCAGAUGAGCUCUGAGGAGGAGGAGGCUCGCAGGAUAGCUGAGAUGGGGAAGCCCAUCCUGGGAGAGCACAGUCGCCUGGAGGUCGUCAUCGAGGAGUCGUACGAGUUCAAGAGCACAGUUGACAAGCUCAUCAAGAAGACCAACCUGGCGCUGGUGAUCGGCACCCACUCGUGGAGGGAACAGUUUGUGGAGGCGGUGACUGUCAGUGCAGGUGAUGGCGAUGAUGACGAUGAAGGUCGUGAGGAGCACCUCCCGUCGUGUUACGACUACGUGAUGCAUUUCCUCACCGUCUUCUGGAAGGUGCUGUUCGCCUGCGUCCCGCCCACAGAGUACUGGAACGGCUGGGCCUGUUUCUUGGUCUCCAUCAGUUCCAUCGGCCUCCUCACCGCCGUCAUCGGAGACUUGGCGUCGCACUUCGGCUGCACCGUGGGCCUGAAGGACACGGUGACUGCCGUGGUGUUUGUGGCGUUGGGGACUUCUAUUCCAGACACCUUUGCUAGCAAAGUGGCCGCCAUGCAGGACCAACACGCCGACGCAUCCGUUGGAAAUGUGACCGGUAGCAACGCCGUCAACGUCUUCCUGGGGAUCGGCGUGGCCUGGUCAGUGGCCGCCAUCUAUUGGAAAAUCAAUGGGAAGGAGUUCAGGGUGGAGCCGGGGUCGCUGGCUUUCUCCGUCACCAUCUUCACCGUCUUCGCUUUCAUCAGCAUGGGCGUGCUCCUGUUCAGACGCCGGCCCUCCAUCGGCGGAGAGCUCGGGGGCCCAAGGGUGCCCCGCAUCCUGACCACGCUGCUGUUCCUCGGCCUGUGGUUCCUCUACAUCCUCUUCUCCAGCCUGGAGGCCUACUGCCACUUCGGCAGCUUUUAAAAAGGAGAUGAGAAAAGUUGUGGGAGCAUAUUGCACAACAACACACCCACACACACACAUUAACACACAGUUCAAACACGUGUAAGAUUUAUCAGUUUAACAGGGCUCGCUGCAGCCUGGAGCUGGACACACAAAUACUUCAUGUGCACACACACACUUUAUACUUACACACAUGUAAGCAGAUCACACAGACCCGCACAGUGACAGGCAUGAUGGAGGGCGAGAGGAAGUGUUUGUGAAGCUGCUGCUGCAGAGUGUGAAGGUUUCAGGUGAAGAGAAGGUCGGCCUCUGGAGAGCUGAUUCUUUCUGUGGUUCAUCUUAACGUCAGGUGGGUUUGGAUCAGAUCCGACCUGUGAUGGAGGAGAGCAGGACGGUUGCUGUGUGCAGACAGAGGUUCUCUGUCCUCCUCUCGUCUGUUCCACCACCUUUGCUCGUCCAGCUCCACGUCUCUUCCCCGAGGAGGUGGAGCGCUGUGUGACAGAAGGAGUGGAUUGUUUACAAUAUCAUUACCAUUACGCUUGUUUACUACAGGAGAGCUGAGGCUUGUCUAAUAGUUUAGAUGAAGGCGUUUCUCCACACGCGCUGUAAAUAGUCAAAACCAGUGUACAUACAGAGUGUCGUGUUUUCAGGAGACAGGUCGUGACGCCGAAAGAGUCAGAGAGGGUCAGAGAAGAAAUGAUCCCAGAGAACGAGACGCUGCUUUUCUGUUUAAAAAGUCAGAAUACAGCAAAAAGAAGGAAAAUCUGACGUCAGGUUUCUGCUUCUUCUUGGAUGUUCUUUAAAUUCCUGGUCGGACUGGAUCACCACAGAUCCUGAUCAUCAGAGGAGCUCGAGACUAAAGUUUGAACCAAACAGACAGAAGAUGAACUGGUGAAGUUUUUAAAGAGCCAUACCUCAGUCAGACCUCGGGCACUUCUCUCUCUGACGGAGGUUCGUGUAUCAGACUGAAGGAUAUUUAAUUUGCAUGUGUAGGCAGAUAUGACGCAUCUUCACAUAAUGAGUCACAUAUAAACUAUUUAAAAGGGAAUGAACAGAGUCCACCUGUAAAUUACAUCCAUUCAUUUGUGUGUGUGUUCGCUCAGUGAACAGAAACUCUCAGCUCGUCGGUGUUAAGUCCUUCUUGUGUACAGACGUGUGUGUGUGUGUGUGUGUGUGUGUGUGUGUGUGUGUGUGUCAGCUGACAGGAAGGACAGAGGAGGCGUCUGAGUCUCCUCAGUAAGAACGAACACUGUAGCUGCAAACUUUGAGGUUUUCUGCUGCGUCGUCACUGAUCAUCACUCGGUCGUCUCUGUGUCGUGUGGUUGUGACAGACUAAUCCAUUAAUGUGGCAUGUACCCCGACGGACUAAUCCUCUAUCGUUAGCUGCAUGUCAGACAAACGUGCAUGGACGGUCGGACAAGAUUUAACAGUGUUAGUUUACGUUGAAGAAAAGUCACUAAAUCCCAUUUAAGCCCCUUGAUAACUGAUUAGAUCCCAAUCAUCCAGAUUCACGACACAACAUGUGGAUCAGGACACAGGAUCCUGAUCCCCACUUCAGUGAGGACGCAGGAUGUUGAGUUACACUCGUGCUUCAGUGCAGCGCCCAUUCAACGCCUUCAGGAAAAGUCUCCAGUGAAAAUCGAGUAUUGAAGCUUUCAGCUGCACAAACUGUCCCGGCUGCACUUUGUUCAGUGUAACUACAACAAACUGUGUUUCUCUGAGUUAGUGUGCGACACAUGACUGAAGGAAGUUUCCACUUCCACUCUGGGUGUUUCUUGUCCUGCUGUGAUGUGUCCCUCACCCCCGACCUGGACUGCACAUUCGGUUGUUAAGAAGAUUAACUGGACCCUGUUUACAAUCUGCAGGUUUAAAGCUGCAUCCACACUAUUACGUUUUAGUUUUGAAACCCAUCCCUAUUGCCACGGCUCCACCUGCCGCCCACACUGCUCGAGCACCAAACCCUGAGAAGUUUGGAAACGAUGAAGGAGUCACGUGCACCUGCUUCCUGAUUGGUUCUUAACAGUCACGACUCGACGACCAGACGUGAAUGCAAAGCGUCGCUAACACUCGUCAUCGUUCCAAGAAAAUAAAUCCCUGCUCUUACUUCUCACCAUCGCUGUUUCUCAUUCGUAGUAUUUCCUGUAACCACCUGCAGAGGAGACAAUCUGCUUCCUGUUUACACCACAUGACCAGUGUACGGUCAUGUGAUCUUUCAGGUGCGUUACUGAUGCCGAGCUAAUCGAGUGUGGACGGACAGAAAUCAUUUUAGUUGAAAAACAAAAAACGUAUUAUUGUGGAAGAAGCCUCAAACCAAGACAGUUUCUUCUGGUGAUAGAACCAGAGCGUCGGCUGCGUUCAGUGGAAACACGUUAGAACACUGAGCUUCCUUCAAUGGAACAAACAGUCACAUGUUCACUAGCUUCUGAAACUUACCAGAGAAAAACACUGAACUUCUAAUCUGCUGUGACAUUUACACACUGACAUUUCAGCUUCAUUAGCUUCAAUGCUAGUCCGAGCAUGAACAACAGUUGCGAGCGGAAACUUUGACAUUAACUAUUGAUUAUUAUCCCAGACAAGAAGCAUCGAGAGUCCAGGAUCCUUCAUUGCAUCAUUAAAGUUACUGUAAUUUUCACUGCCUGACAUCGGACACAUUUCAUGUUUGUGCUGCAGGUGCAUUUCCAACAUCUCACCCACAAAUGAUAAGUGCUAUACAAGUGGAAACUGUUACUGUUAUUACACAUAAAUCUAACAGAAAGAUUAGAUUCAUUUACCCUGACUACACUUUGUAGAACUUUCUAAAACCAGUUUUGUAUCUUUUCCGUACAGACGUAGCCAAGUUAGACUUUUUUGUACUUCUAAACGACGUUUAGAGUAGAAUCAACGUGUCCAGUUGGUUGUGUUGAUGACAUCGUUAGUGGAUUGGAUUUUGAUAUAUUUUCCACAGAGGAAACUCCCCUUUGAAACUGCUCAAACAUGUCGUGUGUCAUCAAACUUUAUCUCAUCUCAUUUACUCGUCUGCCGACUUGUUUGUGUCUCUGUUACUAAUGUAUAUUUCGUCUUACGAGACGAUUUAGAUAUUUAUUUAUUUACAUGAAGAUUAUUUAUCUAUGGUCCUUGACGCCAACAGUUUGGAGUUUAGUUCAAGGAGUGUGGGUUCAACGUGCAAUACAGGCAAAAGAAAUCAUUUUUCCGUUUGUGGCUUUGAUGAGAGGUCAGUUCCCAUGUUUGUUUUUUCUGUGUUUUGUUGUUUCCCGCCGCCAACGUACAUUUGGUCACGCAGUCCUCCAGCAGGAGGAGCUGUAAGUGUAAGUAGCAUGUUUACAUGUAGAAACAGUGUGGAACAUUGUCAGUAUGAUUGUCAGUCUCGGGUUGACGUGAGCCGAACAGGGACGUUUACAGGAGGUUGUGAGGCAGGUCAGACGUGUGAGGUACACAACACACACUGACACACACACACACAGGUGAACAGGUGUGAGCUCCUGUGUGAUCUGUGACUGAGGUGACCGGUGUGUGCAGACGGGAUCAGCUUCAUCCCGGCAGAUGUGACCCAGAUGUGGCUCAGCACCCAGAAACAGAACUGUCUACAACAUCCAGACAAUGUUCCUUGUUUCCAUGAACUUCUGUACUAACGUGUCCGGCUUCGGCCUUUGCUGUUCUGUAGCUAGAACCCCCUGCUGCCCCUCCCUCUGUGUAUGCAUGAUGUAUGUGUGUGUGUUAGCAGCAUGGUCUACUGUGAUGGACACCUACAAGAAUAUUUUAUCAGGUUGAUUUCCCACAGUCCCAAACACAGGAGGAGCGUUGUGAAAUAAAAUGAGCAGGUGUGCUCACGCAGACACAACCACGACUCCGCACAGAUACAAUGAACACACACACACACACACACACACACAGACACACACACACACACACACACACACAGACAGCAUUUAUCGAUUCAGUGUCAAGUUUGUUUCCCUCCGAAGCUGUGAAAAGAGUCUGCUCUGUUGUGUCAAAGCUACGUCUGCAACGCGCAACAUCCCAGGUCAUUUGUUUUUCGUUUGUUAAUUGUACGAUAUUUCUGUGUCCGUGUUGGUGCCCCCUCUUCCAGGUCUUGCUCUUCAAUGUGUCUCUGUGAAGUUUUUUCCUGUGAUGAUGAAAAUUUCUCUCUGCCUGAACCUUUGUAGGGAAAUAACAACUGAGUUACUACAAUAUCAUGUGAUUAGACAUAUACAUUUAUUCAAUGUUGUAAUAAAUUAUUAACUGAAGAUGAUAUAAAAAGUUUUUUUAUGAAAUGAAGAAAAAAAGUGACAACUUGUUUUUGAGAACAUGGCAUGAGGUGUAACGUGUUACUGGAAGAAAAUGAAGACCUUAUUUGAAUAUAGUUUAUUUAUUUUCAAGGA